GGAGCGGAAGAGAUCCCCUCUUGCUGUGCAGACUCUUCCGCCGGCCGCUUCCUUGUGUAGAAGGCAGGUGCUUCUGUUGUGGUUUCUGGACUGGGCUGAGCAGCCGGAUGGCCGAACCCGGAAUGGAGAGCGACGCAGACCCCACGGCGGGACCCGACCCAGACCUGGCGGCUACCAUGGGGUUCUCCGGCUUUGGGAAAAAAGCUCGAACAUUUGACUUCAAUGCUUUGUUUGAACAGACUCGGAGAACUGCUGUGGAAAGAAGUAGGAAGAUUCUGGAACAGAGGGAGAAAGAGGCAGCAGAGAAAGAAAAAGAACCUGGGAGCCAGUGUGGUGUUAAUUCAUCAGCUGCUGUCUCAUGUCCAGUAAAGAGAACAUCUUCAAGAGAUUCAUCGAGCAGUGAAAGCAAAGACAGUUCCGAUGAAGAACUGAUUGGGCCCCCUCUACCACCUCAAGGUUCAGUGGAAGAUUCUGACGAUGAACUCAUUGGCCCACCACUUCCUCCUGGCUACAAGGGUGGUGAUGAAGAUGAUGAUGACGACAACGACGAUAACAUCCAGGAAGAAGAAGAAGAGGAUCCUGUGAAGAAGAUUCCAGACUCCCAUGAAAUAACCUUGCACCAUGGAACAAAAACGGUCUCUGCUUUAGGGUUGGAUCCUUCAGGUGCCCGCUUAAUAACUGGAGGCUAUGACUAUGAUGUGAGAUUUUGGGAUUUUGCUGGAAUGGAUGCAUCUCUUCAAGCUUUCCGAUCUUUGCAGCCAUGUGAAUGUCACCAGAUAAAAUCUCUGCAAUAUAGUAGCACAGGAGAUGUCAUUCUAGUCGUCUCAGGCAACUCUCAAGCUAAGGUCCUUGACAGAGAUGGUUUUCCAGUCAUGGAGUGUGUAAAAGGAGACCAGUAUAUCGUAGACAUGGCAAAUACCAAGGGACACACGGCAAUGCUUAAUUCAGGUUGUUGGCAUCCCAAAAUAAAGGAAGAGUUUUUGACAUGUUCUAAUGAUGGAACUGUACGAACAUGGGAUAUUAACAACGACAAAAAACACAAAGGUGUGUUUAAGCCACGAUCAGCUCAAGGUAAACGAGUGAUUCCCACAAGCUGCACAUAUAGCAGAGAUGGCAAACUCAUUGCAGCUGGCUGCCAAGAUGGAUCCAUCCAGAUCUGGGACAGGAAUAUGAAUGUUCAUACCAAGUUCCACUGCAGGCAGGCACAUGCUGCAGGCAGCGACACUUCAUGCUUGACAUUUUCUUAUGAUGGUACGAUUCUUGCCAGUCGAGGAGGCUGUGACAAGUGUAUAUCUGGAAAAUGGAACAAGCCUGUCCUUCCCCGUACCUUUGGAGGUGGAGGAUGUCACACUGCAUCACAACCAAUUACUCCCUCCCCAAGUGUUGUCCGUUGUCUCUGGCAUCCAAAGUUGAACCAAAUCAUGGUUGGUACUGGAAAUGGAUUGGCCAAAGUAUACUAUGAUCCUUUAAAGAGUCAAAGGGGAGCAAAAUUAUGUGUCGUUAAGACAAAAAGAAAAGAGAGACAAGCAGAGACACUUACGCAGGAUUAUAUUAUCACACCACAUGCACUUCCAAUGUUUCGUGAACCACGCCAGCGAAGUACAAGGAAACAGCUGGAGAAGGAUAGAUUGGAUCCUGUGAAGUCCCACAAACCAGAACCUCCAGUAGCAGGACCAGGUCGCGGUGGUCGUGUUGGAACUCAUGGUGGCACGCUGUCUUCGUACAUAGUCAAGAAUAUUGCACUGGAUAAGACUGACGAUAGCAACCCUCGAGAGGCCAUUUUACGGCACGCAAAGGAAGCGGAGGAGAAUCCAUACUGGGUUGCUCCAGCAUAUUCUAAAACCCAGCCAAAAACAGUUUUUGCAGAAGUUGAGUCAGAUGAAGAUGAAACAGACGACAAGCCAGAGUGGAAAAAAAGGAAAAUUUAAAGAACUUAAAUUGAUGGAGGCUCACAAGGGGUUUGAGAAAGUUGAACUCACGUUCUUCCUGCAAGAGAAAUAAAAUUCCUGCAAGCAAAACUGUUGUCCUAUACAGAGCUGUUUUCACCUGUUGGAAAGAGUAGGACUGAUGUAAGGUGAAGCAGAAGUAUUUGUCAUUCAGCCUGCAUUUUAUAAAGAACAAAACUUCAUUUUAAAAAAACACACUAUUUUUAAGCUGAUUUUAACUGUGCUUUAAAAAAAUAAUUACUGAACUAGAUUGGCCAAAGUCCUGUUGCAAAUAUGGCACAGGCAAGGGUCGUUGAUCAAGUGGCCGUUGCAUUUUGCUGGGUGUCAUCACAUACUCAGGGGCACAAUCAGUUGCACAAGGGACUUCAUUGCCUAGGUAUGUCUGAGAGCACAACAGGCAGCCAGCUGAAUCAUGCACACUGCUUGUGUGAUUGCCACUUAACAUUUUGUAGCUUCAACAUGGUUCUGUCCAUUAGGUUUGACAAAAGAAAAUGAUUGCAAUAAUUUUUUUUCUUAUAACAGUGCAGCUUCUCCGAUGUAGUGAAGGCAUUAAAGAGAUAGGAUACUGGGGGAUGUUGAUAGCACCAGUUGGAAUCAUUUAAAAUCCAUAUUGUUUUUGAAUUCUUAUUUCCCACCUACUUUUACUUAACUGGCCAUUUGCCAACAUUUGUAAUGUGCAUUCUCACUUGUACAAAACUGUGUGUCAUUAGCAAAUAUGUUUAUUUUUCUGUAUCUAUGACAGAAGUGACUAUUUCUGAGUGUUUUCUGCUUAUUUCAAAGAAAAGUGUGGUCUCUUUUUUUCCCCUAACUGGGUAUAACAGAUGUUUCUUCAGGCCAAUUAAAUUGUUACUCUGUGCCAUAAGGCAGUAA